GGGGUGGGUCUCCCGGGAGCUGCGGAGACAGCCUGCGCAGCGAACGUGGGGCGUGUGCGCCGGCUCAGUGGGCCCCCAGGAGGGAGCGACCUAGCGGGCGGUCGAGAAGAGCGCUGAGCGGUCACGGGCUGUGGGCACGAUGAGACCCGGAGAGGAGAGGCCGGUGGAGGGGGGCGCCUGCGCCGCCGUCUUCGAGGUGGAGCUGCUGAAGCUGCGCGCGGCGGAGUGCAUCGACGAGGCGGCCGAGCGCCUGGGGGCCCUGAGCCGCGAGAUCUGGAGCGAGCCCGAGCUGGCCUACGAGGAGCACCAUGCCCACGGCGUGCUGACGCGCUUCUUCGAGAGCGAGCGCCCGGCCGCCUCGUGGUUGGUGCAGCCGCACUACCAGCUGGUCACGGCCUUCCGUGCCGAGUGGGGGCCGCCGGGGGGCUGGGCGGCGGCGCGCCCGCUGCACCUGGGCUUCCUCUGCGAGUACGACGCGCUGCCAGGCAUCGGGCACGCCUGCGGCCACAACCUGAUCGCCGAGGUCGGGGCGGCGGCCGCGCUGGGCGUCAAGGGGGCCCUGGAGAGCCUCCCCAGGCUGCCUCUGCCGGUGAAGGUAAUUGUUCUGGGAACCCCUGCAGAAGAAGAUGGUGGUGGCAAAAUUGAUUUAAUCGAAGCAGGGGCUUUUGAAAAUCUUGAUGUUGUUUUUAUGGCCCAUCCAUCUCAAGAGAAUGCUGCUUAUCUACCUGAUAUGGCUGAACAUGAUAUGAUUGUGAAGUACUAUGGAAAAGCAUCUCAUGCUGCUGCUUAUCCCUGGGAAGGACUAAAUGCAUUAGAUGCUGCUGUCCUCGCCUACAACAAUCUGUCUGCGUUAAGACAACAAAUGAAACCGACCUGGAGAGUUCAUGGUAUAAUAAAAAAUGGUGGUGUAAUACCCAAUAUCAUUCCCUCUUAUUCUGAACUAAUCUAUUACUUCCGUGCACCCUCAAUGAAAGAACUUCCAGUUUUGACCAAAAAGGCAGAAGAUUGCUUCAGAGCUGCAGCUUUGGCUACUGGGUGCACAGUAGAAAUUAAAGGUGGAGCACAUGAUUAUUACAAUGUUCUUCCCAAUAAGAGCCUGUGGAAAGCUUACAUUGAAAAUGGAAAAAAGCUGGGAAUAGACUUCAUUUCAGAAGAUGCAAUGUUGAAUGUCCCUUCAGGAUCUACUGAUUUUGGAAAUGUUACUUUUGUGGUUCCUGGGAUUCAUCCAUAUUUUUACAUUGGAUCUAAUGCCUUGAAUCAUACAGAACAAUAUACUGAAGCUGCAGGAUCACAAGAAGCUCAGUUCUACACUUUGCGAACGGCCAAAGCUCUGGCAAUGACUGCAUUGGAUGUUAUUUUUAAACCAGAGCUGCUAGAAAGAAUCAGAGAGGACUUUAAAUUGAAACUUCAAGAAGAAGAGUUUUUAAAUACAGUAGAAUAAAAGGAAGAUUUAGGAGCCACUCACGGAUCAUGAAGAAGAAGUGAUGAUUUUCUUCUUUAAUCUUUUUUAAUGAGGGAGCAGGGCAUGGCUUGUUUUUCAUUCUUAAGGGAGUCAAAUUCCUCUUACCUGAAAAGUGAGGACAUGAUGUGGAGAAAACACAUUGCCUCAUAUCUAGAGUGAAAAUUUCACAACUCUGUAUGUGAUGGAAUUGUGACAUUUCAGGGCUGGUAUGUAAUGGCAUUUCAUAAACAACCUGGAUGACACAUGGUUUAUCAGUGAUAACAUUUUAUAAAUCCGUAUGUUGUGUGAGUGUAUUUGAAAGAUCCAAGAGAUUUCAAGCCUUAUAUCCAGAAUUGCCACAUGAAAGAUUUUUUUUUUGAUAUAGGGUGGUAACAUUGUUCUAUAAAGUUGUUUUAAAAUUCAAGUUCUAAAUUUAGGGAAGGUUCAUCUGGAAUAUCUGACUAUAUCUGUUUUGGUUUAGAGAAUUUCUUCAUUGACAAUAAAAGUACGCUUUUUAUCAGAAAUGCUAUGGGGAAACAACUAGCAACUCAGGUACAAAGAAUAAGCUUUAGUUUUACCAUUUGAAGGAAAAUGAAAAUGUUCUUUUUUAUAUAUAAUUUACUCUGAGAGGUGGCAUUAAAGUGCUAUUCCUUAUUCCAUAUUUCAGUAAUAGAAAAAAUGGUAAAUGGAUAGGAUUAGACUCUUCCUGUAAGGUGUUUGCUUGGUAGCCCCAUGUGUUCCAGAGAAAUUUAAUUAGAGGAGUGAUGUCUGCUUA